AUGGCUGCGUUGAUGAUGGUUAGAGAUAUAAAACCACGUAACGACGGGAACGAAGAACAUGAACAACAGGAUACUGGUCGGGUUAUUCGAGACAUUAAAAACGUGUAUCCUGAAGUUAUUGAUUUAUUUAGAGGAGUUAAUGAUUCAAUUUCAAAACAUUCUAUAACCCUCGAUGAAGAGAAUAAAUUAACAGAUUAUAUAUUCGUCAUUAUUGCAGAAUUAAUGAAGAGAAUAAAUGAAAAAGGAAUUGGUGAUAUCAUUAAUGUCAGCGAUGUAAUGAUGAAAAGAAAUUUUGACUCAUUAUUUACAAAACCGAAAACAGAAUAUAGUCUUUAUGACGUAAUUACCGAAUUAAUGAAAAAGAUUAAUGAUAAUAAGAGUUCUGGCGGAAGAGUUGAAUUAGAAGUGAAUGAUGUUAAUGAGAAAUUAGCCGAAAAAGCAGACAAAAAUGAGCUUUUAGCUCUGAGUGAUAAAGUCAAGAACCACGUUCAUUAUAUAACUUCAGACGAACAGAUUAUAACGGACUACCAUGGAUAUUUAACACGAAGUGAUGAAGUGAAGACGGAAGAUGUUAAUGAAAGAAGAUAUAAAUACAUUCGUGCUAAAGGUUAUGACAUAAGCUGUACUGUACAGUAUGACACAGGUAAAGCACCAGAAGCAUUUGGUUAUAACGAUGAAAUUUAUGCUUCUAGUUUCUCUGUUAACGGUGUAUUAGUUGAACCAAGAUUUACUUUGAGAGUUAAGACAAAAAUAACCGUUGAAGAUGCUAUUAAAAGUAAAGCUGACAAAGAUGAACUUGACGCAAUGAACAAAGUUUUGAAAUCUCAUAAACACAACAUCUCCGAUAUAAAUGAACUUCAAGCUACAUUAGACAGUAAAGCCGACAAGAACCAUACACAUAAAUCCUUCACUACUGUUAGAGCAGACGACAUAAUAUUGAACUAUACCCUUGGUUCAAAUGCACCAUUAGAAAAUCCAAGUACAAGCGUAAAAGAUACACUAAACUCCUUAAAUAGUAAAUGUAUGAACAUUGAAG